AUGUCUACACAUGUGCAUGAAUUGCAGGCUUACAGAUACCUACCGACAGAUUCCGCCAAUCGGGCGUCCCAAUUGCCUCCCCACGGCUCAAAGCAGAAUAAGACUCAGGAACUGAUCGUGCCUGUGCCGCUGAAGACGCCCAUAACACCCGGAGCGUCGAGCCUUGCGGCUGCUCCCCCGGCCCCUGACGUCUCCCGGUCCACGACCCCGUUACAACUCUCACUCCCUGCUCUCGCCAGGUACCAUUCUGCAGUGGGCUCGCAGCCAACGUCCCCGGACAAUAGACGAACGGAAAGCAGGCUCAGUAGCGCUUAUUAUACAACCGCCUGGGGUUCUCCGUAUGCGACACCUAGUCCCAAACGGCUGACUUCAUCUAUAAGAAGCCGUCAGGGAGUCAGUGAUUUCGGCGUGGAAACUUCGCCCAGCCAAUCCAUGCACAGUGGGCAGCCAGGGACGUCUUCGAGGAGGUAUAACACUGAUCCGCACAAAACUGGCGUGCCACCAUCGGAAUCGGCUAAACUGUUUGACGGCUUGCCUGGCAAACGGUUAGAAGAAGAUCUUUUGGUGCGGCAAGGGGGCAAUUCGGCCAAGGCCUUUACUCAAGAUUGGAUCAACCAGUACCUUUCAGGCCAGUUGCGUUCUGAGCGGACUAACUGGCUAAGUGACGAUUCUGGCGACGACGUAGCUUCGUUCCUCACGGCGAGAAAUUAUCUCAGUGAAUCUGAAGGCUGGCUUGGUCUUGACGACGAUCCACUGGAAGACGAUCCGUUGAAAACUCCGACGGCGUCUACUUUCUUUAACCGAAGACUCAAAGAGCAAACAGGAAAACUUGAGCUGCCGAAGCUGAGAGCAAGACACCUCAAAACCAACAGCACGGACACUUUGAAACAGUCUGACUUCUGGGAUUUUGGAUACGACCAAGACGCAACCCCUGCUGCAAUACCUCCUACCGAGUCAAAUAUGGCUACGACACCCGAGACUGCGACGGAUCGUAAAUCAAGCAUGUCUAUAUCGCCGGUCGAAAAACCACUUCCGCCCCCGCCGGAUCUGGAUAAGGAGUCGGGUCAGCCUUUACCGCCCACCCCCAAACCCACACUUAUCCGCAGAACCACAUCCCAAAGGCCAAAAACUCGGGUCCCUUGGCGCGGGAAACAGUGCGUGAUUGCACUCCCGCUUGAUGACCUUCGUGGAACGAGUGAAGGUUCAGGAGCGUUAUUGACCCCUGCCGAUGUUGAACUGCGAUUAAAAAAGUGGGAACAGGAGGGAUACGAUGUCCGUUCAUUUGGUUCUGACCUUGCCCAGAGCCGUCCGGCUUUCCCGGAUGCUAGUACAUUUCAGACGGAACAGCAAGACAGGAAAUAUGUUGUGACAUUUCCCAAUCAGGCGGAAUGGGACGCUUAUGUCAAUUUUUUGAAAGAGGAAAAGCUCAGGGCGCUUGGGGUAUUCCUAGGCGACGAUAUCUCAGCUCCAAUGAGUCAAACUCCGUCCCAGUUCGUUGGAAACGCGAUGUCUCCACCAAUUCCGACUUCGUCAGCAGCUAGUAACCAGCUCAAUAUGGGAGGAAACCCCCUAGCAAACAUUCUAGGCCAGGCAACGAAGCCGAAUGCUGGUUUACUCUCCUUGACCUCCCCGUCGUCUCCAUUUGGGUUUGCUACCAGCUCUCCUUUUUCAAAUCCUCCUGUAUCUUUUUCCAGCGAGCCAGGAUACCCUUUCUUGCCGUUUCAAACGCCAGCAACUACUACGCAGGGGACAAUUACACCUCAACAUCCUUAUGGUCUUCGAACAGGCGUCGUGUCGCCUGUUGGUGGCUCAAAUUUGCCAAACCUUGGCUCAUUAUUACAGCCGGUUUCUCCGCUAACCCCCGAUGAUUUAAAGCAAUACCCAGGGAAUUUCAACCCUCAGUUAAGCCAUCCAUUUGCUGGCCAGUCACAACCAUCCCAAAUGGGAGAUAUCGGUAAUAUCAUCUCGCCUCCCUUAGAAGACCCUGGUCUAGAAGUUGAAGCAGAUUCUGACACGAUUCAAUCCUCCUCCGGGCCUGAAAUUGCCCAUCCAACUCCGCGAGGACACCGUCAUAAUCUAAGCGAAACGCUUCAAAGAGGCGUCGAGCGUGCUGAUUUCCAGCUUGAGAGCUCGAUGAAGAGUCAAUUUGAAGACAGCCAAGGGACCCAAUCUCGCGAUGAUCUGAUGAAAUCAAGGUGGGCAAUGCCUGAUGAAUCGGCUCAACAAUCCUUUAACCAACCGGCGCAAGCUAGCCACCAGCAUCAUUUGCUCCAGCAGCAAUUAUUCAGCGAGCAACCUCUCGAAGAAGGCCAGCUUGAUGGAUCCGAGAUUGAUACAAACCCAAGCUUGAUAGGUACUCCAACACGUGAGAGUAUGCAACAUCACAGCUUCCACCAAAUGGGCCAAGAUAGCAAUGUUUUCAUUCCGGGACAUCAGCCAAAAACCUCCUUGUCAAAUUUCAACAUUGCCGCAAAAGCUUUCGAUCCAACGGCAACAUUCUCGCCAACCAACUUUUCGUUCCUCGCCAACAACUUUCAGCCUGGUCUUAAUAAAGCCGAGUCCGUAUUUAGCUCUGGUCUUCCACCACACAGUGCAAACCCCACUGGCUUUAAUAUAAACACACCAUCCUUUGCGGCGCACCCAAAGAAGAAUUCGGUUCACAACUUCAAAUUUUCUGCGGCUUCAUUCAAUGUAGAAGCCCCAGUUUUCAAUCCUGGCCAAGGUGUGCACGUUGAUACUCCUAAAGAUACACAUGACGUUGAGUCCAAAAUAUUUAGCGGAUUUGAUUCGACGAUCAUCGUCCCGCCUGUUAAAAAGUCUAAAGCGAUCCCAAUUGUGCGACCAGAGGAGAAUGAAAAGGAAGAAAAACGAAUCGCAGAAGAUGAAGCCGGCCGUUCGGGUGCGCAAGGGCGUGAAAAACGUAUGCGUAGAUCACAAGAUGCCGGAGACCAAGAGGUUUCUUUGCCGACGCUGAAAGAUAUUGCGGUAGAUUCAAAGGAAGCAGCUUCGGAUGUCGGCUUCCCAGGCGAGCCCAUUCCUCAUGAACGGGGUGCAGUUGAAACUGAUGCAAACCUGAGUGUACAGGAAAUUCACGAUGAAUUUGAAGCAGAAACAGAUAAAUCUGUUGGCACACCAAUUAGCGAAUCCGCCACUUGGAAACCGUUUGAAUUCAACAAUGAAGAAGAUGCGGCUGCUUUCCAUGCAGCACUACCCACAGCUCCUCUUCCUUUUGGUGCCAAAGAUGGUAAUUCCAAAGAGCCUUCGAGUCCAGCUGCAAGUUUCAAGACAGAUGAAGCGCUACAGGUUUCCCAUUCAAUUAAUGAGCUUUCAUCAGUCUCAGAGCGUGCAGAAGAUAGUACACUGACUUCUGGCCUGAAACCGACGGCAACGCCCUUCGAAUUCAAGUCUGCUGCUUCUGCAAUUCCUUCGAUAGAACCUAAGAAGCCGGUUGGGUUGGAGGCUUCCAAAUAUGCUGUGGAGAGCGCUCCAUUAUCAUCAGCAGGCAAUCGGGUUUCGCCUGUGCCAGAGCCCUUCCAACGCGAAGCUACUACGGAGCCCGAACGGCCGAAUGACGUUCUUGCAUCCGACUCACCUAACGAGCAAGAAAUCGAUGCUGUUAUGCGGCAAUUAAACGAAGAGGACCUUGGAGUGGAGAGAAUGGAAUCACCCAUACUUCACCAUGUUGCAAUGGAGGAUAUGAAUGUGCCUGAAAACCAAUAUGGUACUCCUGAACUUGCCGCAUCUUUAGUUCGUAGCAACGCCCCGAGCCCGAGCAUUCGUGAUAGGUCUUUGACACGAGAGCAUUUGCCCAAGCUGAACACUGGCCUCACUACACCAUCACAUGCUCUUUUCACUCCUCAGCGGAGCUCCAACCUUGGGACCCAGUCCCCAAUACGACAUUUGAACAACCCAGACAUUGAUCACAUUAGUGAUUGGGAUGACGCGAUUUCGUCCGGGCAAGAGGAAGAGCUACAACAAAAAACGCGCUUCUUCGAAACACACGUCGACGAGCUUAUCAGUGGUGUGUUGUACGAUCGCCUUCUUCCACUAGAACGGACCUUGGAAACUAUUGAGAAUUCCAUUGGUUUACUCGCGUCCCAGACUAUCACGCGAAGAAGCACAUCUGCUGAAGUAGAACAUAGCGAUGCCGAUGACGAGGAUGAGGAUGAAGAAGAGGCGCACAGAUACCGCUCACGAUCACCUUUUAAGGGCCAGAAUCGACUGCUUGAGAAGAUUAGACAAGUAGUUUCGGAAAGCGUGGCUACCUAUACGAAAAACGAAAGUUCUUCAAUAGAUUUGUCUGAAAUCCAUGGGUCCCUUCGAGAACUCAAAUCUUUCGCGGCCGAGCGAGUUGCUAAAGAAGGGCCUCCUGUCGACUUCUCUGAAACUCAUCAGCAUCUUGCGGAAUUAAAAGCUCUGACUAUUGAACAUGCCAAUCAACAAUUGCCUCCCAUUGAUCUUUCUGAAGUUCACGGAUCUCUUGCGGAAUUAAAGGCUUUAGCAGCUGAAAAUGCUUCUAGGGAAGUUCCUACGGUCGAUUUCUCCGAAAUCCAUGCAUCUCUUUCAGUAUUGAAAACACUGAUCGCGUCUAAGCCGGAACAAGAUGAGGGCCGUGACCUUAAAAACGAAAUUGUCGAUUCCAUUGUGAACCAUCCAAAACUCGCUGAUAUGAUGCGUAGUUCCGAGGGUGAGAGAGAUGUAGAGAAACUGCAAAUGCAACUUGAAGGAUUGCAAAGUAUGCUACGUCUAGCGGAUGAGAGAGCCGAAGAGGAGUAUAAUAGCCGGAGAAGGAUCCAAGACUCGUUGGCCGAGUCUCAAACGCUUCUGAAGACUGCCGAAGAAGAUGCUACACGAUAUAAAGAAGCCGCCACAGCCGCCGAGGAUGCACUUAAAGAAUUUAAAAAUCAGAAGUUACCUGAGAUGGAGCGACUAGAGAAACAAUCAGCUUUGCUCAAUGAAAACCAGGAGAGUCUUCAACUAACUCUUUCUGAGCUCUCUCACAAAAACAUCACCCUCCAAGGGACACUUGACGAGUAUAGGGAAAAUGGGGACCGUUUACGCUCCGAGCUUGGCGAAGUGAAAUCCGAGAAUAAAGAACUCCGCCAGACAAUUUCCAUCUUGAAAACUCAGAUGGAGGAUGGCCUCCGUGCUCGCCAGUCACUUCGCGAAAAAUUUGAGAAACUUCAGGACGACAUGGUUACCGCCACUCGAGAUAUCGCUCAAGAUCAAUCGUUGUGGAGGAAGAAAGAGGAAGAAGCAAAUAUUAGGUAUAAUGUACUCAACACGAAGUAUGAAGAUGAAGUUAGACGUCGACAAAAACUCGAACUUCAUAUUAACGACUUAGAGCAAAAAGAAAGAGAGGCUACAAAGCUAAGAUUCAUUCUCGGACAAUCUCAGGAAGAGAACGCGAAGUUAGAGGAGUUGUUGAUGAUGGUACGGCAAGAGAGUCAUGACUACCAAAAUAAAGCCGCCAAAUAUGAACGUGAAUUCAAUGAAGCCCGCGAAAGCAGCCGUGCUGAAAUCCAGAGAGUGAGAACCUCCAUGGAGGCGGAUCUUGAGAAUGCGAAUCAUCAAGUCAACUUCGUCCGUGCAGAGCUGGAGAAUCAGAUCCAAAACCUUGAGAAUCAGCUAGAGAGCACAAAGAUGGAUGCUGAUACGACAAAGGCGAGAUAUGAACUUCUCCUAGAGGAAGCUAGAGACAAGAAGGCGGCUGCCCUUCAUGAAGCGGCCGAAUCCAAGGAAAUGGCGCUCCAAGACCAGCGACUUAUGCACGAGCGGACACUAAAUGAUCUCCGCGAACGACACGCUCGUGCUCUGCACAACGGAUCUGAAGAUAGGCAACGGGAGGAAUCUCAUUACAUGGAAUUGCUUGCUCUGCGAGACGAAAAGAUCGACCAUCUUCAGGACAAGAUUGCUCAUAUGGAAGAGAAACUUGAAAUCGCAAAGGCAGCUGCGCGCACAGCCGCUCAAGCUGCGCAAAGUGCGAAGGCAGCACAAGUCAUGUCACCGACCCAAGUUACUUCGCCAUCGUUGACUCUUGCUAGAGGCACUAGUAUCCCGGAAAAGAUCUCCCCUCAGGCAUUGCGAGAAUCUAUCAUGGUGUUGCAGGAUCAAUUGCAACAGCGAGAAGGCCGCAUCGAGGAGCUUGAGCACGAAUUGUCCCUGAUUGAUAAAGACGCACCAGCCAAAAUAAAAGAGAGGGAAACUGAGAUUACUUGGCUCCGCGAAUUGCUCCAUGUUCGUUUGGAUGAUUUGCAAGAUAUUAUCCAUGUGCUCUCACAGCCCUCGUUUAAUCAAAAUGCGGUCCGGGAUGCUGUUAUUCGCCUAAAAGCCAAUCUGCAAAUGCAACAGCAGGAGAAAGAGAGGGCUAUGGCUGGAGGUAGCCCCCAAGCUUUCCCCUCGCUAUCUGCUAUUUCGAAUUUUGCCGCGUCGCCUCGUGCCCUUCCGCUCGCAGCCGCAGCCGCAUGGGGAAAUUGGCGCAAGGGGAGAGAAAAUUCCGCGGCUCCUAGCGCGACUAAUAGCGAAGGCAACGACCAAACACCAUCCAAGUCUAAUUCACAAAGCUUUCUAACUGGACUUUUAACUCCUCCAAACUCCAACAUGCGAACACCUACGAGCCGCUCAGCACCUUCACCACGUUCGUAUUCGGACAGUCGCCCGCUGAGGUCUUCUGAGCAAAGGCGCCGCAAACCGUCCACGCUUCAGUCUCGCCAGACAGACCGUUCAUUGGAGCCUCCAAGGACACCGCCACUUCUGCGCAAAUCAAGCUAUGACCAUGAUGCAGAAGCGACAAGCUACGAUGAGGCUUAUGCCGAUGACAAUGAGAGUAUCAUCAGCGGAAUCCUCACUCAAGGCUCCGUUACACCAACCAAUGAUGGCCCAUUUGGUCCAGCUAUCUGA